UCAUGUUUCCCCGUUAAAAGUUAAGAAUACAUAUCAUCUCCGUGGAACGAAACGAUUACUUGCAUGAGUGAUAAACCAGAGAACGACAGCAGUUCCCUACCUGUUCGUUUUUGGGGUCUGAAUCCUUUAUUUUGGACUCACAUAAAAUUGUUUGUAAAGGAGGUGCAGAGUUUGAAGGAAUACACUGGUUAUAAAGGUACUUGCUGGAAUCAUGAUUCCUUCCCCAUCAUUCAUCAGAGCAAAAUGAGGUUGUUGACAAUAACCUUUUAUUCAUUUUUCAUGACAAACUAUGUAGUUGAUGAUGGGAGUGGCACAAUUUCCUGUUGUAAGUGGCAUUCCCAAGAUCUUAACACUGGACAAGAAUCCUAUGACCUUGGUCAGCUGGUGACAGUGCAAGGAAAGAUUUCUGUUUUCAGAGAGCAGAGGCAACUCACUAUUGAUCUGAUCUAUCCAGAGAAAGACCCUAAUGCUGAAGUCCUCUUCUGGCUAGAAGCAGUCAAUCUUGGCAACACAGUUUACAAAGAACCAUUCACUCCUUCACUCAAAGAUUUUCAAACAGAAAAUAGCUCUGUAUCAAAGGAAACAGAACUGAAAAAAGCUAUUUUGACACACAUUAAGGAAAAUAAGAUUGUAACAUUCCAGUUUCAGACUUUAUGCUUUGAGCCUGAUAUACAACAACUGGCAAGGGAGGCAGCAAAGCAAAAAUGUACCAGUGAGGAGGAAGCCAAAAUAUGGAAUGAUUCUCAUGAAGCAAAGAAAGUUAUUAGACAUAUAAUCAAAGAUCUUGAGAAAGAUGGCUUGGUGUAUCUUAAAGACUCAAGAAGAGAUCUUUACCAGGUUAUAAGUCAUGAGCACAAUCUUGGAUCUGCAAUUUUAAAGGCAAUGAGCAAAAUUGCAGAACCAUCAGGUUUCUCAAUCUCUAAAUGGGCCAUUAUAGAUGUCCUUCAUUCCUCAAACAAGUUUCAACAUGUAACAAUGAAACAGGUUGAGGAAUCACUUGACAAACUUCUACAGAACAGUGAUGUUUACAAACAGAGUGAGAAUGAAUACUGCUUAGUGUAACAGUCAUAGAAAGUUCAUGCAAUACUUAGCUGUUUCAUUGAUACCACUUAAAAGAAAUAUGCUGGUCUAGACAGUUUUUUUAAGCACAAUGAUUUUAAGCCAUGCCAGUGAACAGAUGGUAUUCAAACAACUUAGUUAUUGAGUUUGUAAACAACAGAGAGACUAAUUGCCCUGCAAACAAAGUUAGAGAGAACAAAGAAUACAUGAUAAGGUCCUGUUUAUUUAUAACUGUCAAGGAUACAUACAGAAGGACAGGUUUUUUUGUAUGUUUGGUUGAGUUUUUGUUAUGAAUGUACAAUACUGAGAAAACCAUGAAACUGCAAAUUACAAUAACUCUCCAAUUUA